AUGGAAAGUGGUCGGCCGAGAAAUUCAAUUUCUAUGGACAAUAAUGAGUUUGCUAGAACUAGUAAUAACAAUGGGAAGAAGAAGAUGAUGCAUAGAGAAAUUGAGAGACAAAGAAGGCAAGAAAUGGCAACCCUUUAUGCAUCCCUUCGAGCUUUCCUUCCUCUUGAAUUUAUCAAGGGAAAGCGUUCGAUAUCGGAUCAUAUGAACCAGGCUGUGAAUUAUAUAAAAUACCUCCAAAAGAAGAUCAAAGAACUCAGUGCCAAGAAAGAUAGGUUAAGGAAACUUUCCAAUUUAGGUGUUGUUGCCUCAGCAAGUGGAAGUUCUAAGAAAUAUUCUGCAAGUUCAGUAGCUCUCCAGGCAUAUCCAGGCGGUAUUGAGAUUAUAUUUGAUAGUGAUUUGAAGGGGAGAGAUUUGCCCCUAUCAAGAGUAUUGCAAGUGUUGCUUGAAGAAGGAAUUUCCGUUGUUAAUUGUGUUUCCACCAAAGUAAAUGAAAGAUUAUUUCACACUGUCCAAACUCAGGAGCUGAAUUCACUGGUUGGCUAUGCUGUCCUUGAUCUUUCCUCCGUGAAGUACUACACCAUACAGCAUGCAAAGGCUGACUACAGCGUUUUUAAUUGGACUAUUCAAAUCAUUGAUUCGGUUAACUUGAUCGAACCGAUCAUAAACCGUUUAAAAUCCAACCAUGUUUUUAAAUUUGGCCUUUUUAUCGAGUAA